GCACAAAAAGAGGUGAUUAAUUAGGUGCACAAAAAGAGGUGAUGAUGAGUCCAUAAGGACCAAGCAAUCUUUGGCCAAAAAAAAAAAAAACACCCCGGAAAAGACAAAAAGUCGAUUAGGGAAAAAAAAAUGAAGGAGAGGGUGAUGAUCAGUCGACGAUGAACGACUUCUGAGCUUCGCAUGUAAACCAGCCGCGUGGCAUGAUUACAGAUGAAAUGAAUUGGCUAUGCUACCGGUAGUUGUUGUGUCUACCGCUGGCGGGGCUGUUUUUUUCUCUAUCGCUUGGAUUUUGUGCGCGCGCAUUUUUUUCGCUUCUUCCAUCUAUUUGGGUAAUGACGGGGAUAACGCACGCGCAUUUUGAGCAGCAGCUGCCGUAGUAGCAGUAGUAGUAGUAGUACUAGUAGGAGGGGGAGGAGGGGGAGGAGUUGCAUAACACAAGGGAAGGAUAGGAGGGUACCAGGAUUCUCUUCAGGAGCCCUCCUCGCGGAGGUAUUGAGGACGUCAUAUUCCUUGUCGGUCAAUCCCGCUGGAAGGCUCUGGGGGGGCAGUGCAGGUCGGGAAUCUAGUCGGUAAGCGACCGGUCGACCAUGGGGGAGGAGGGAGGAGGAAGAGGAGGAGGAGGUGGCAAAGGAGGGAGUAGUAGUGGUGGAGGUGCGGCAGUGGCUCAGAAGAUGAUGCUUCCGUUGUAUGGAGCCUUCGCUAGCUCUGCGAUUGCCACGUGUUGGGCGGAGCUAUGCACGCUACCGAUCGACACGGCGAAGGUCCGGCUUCAGCUUCAGGGUAGUCCGGCCACCACAGAUGGGAAGAUCUUGGUUCCGAAGUACCGCGGGAUGAUUGGUACCAUGAGGACGAUCGCUAAGGAGGAAGGGGUCGCCUCCUUAUGGAAAGGUCUUGUCCCCGGUCUUCAUCGACAAUGCCUCUUCGGCGGGCUUCGCAUCGGCCUUUACGAGCCCGUGAAGCAGCUGUAUGUAGGCAAGGACCACGUGGGAGACGUGCCUUUGGUGAAAAAGGUGGCGGCUGCAUUGACGACGGGAGCGAUCGGGAUCACGGUGGCAUCGCCGACAGAUCUUGUGAAGGUGAGGCUCCAGGCAGAGGGGAAACUCCCUCCUGGCGUCCCGCGGAAGUACUCCGGCGCGAUUGAUGCUUAUCGCACGAUUAUCAGACAGGAGGGGGUGGCGGGUCUCUGGACGGGUCUUGGGCCCAACAUAGCGCGGAAUUCCAUUGUGAAUGCCGCGGAGAUGGCCAGCUACGACCAAGUCAAGCAGACCUUGCUCAAGAUCGAUGGGUUUAACGAUGACGUCAUCACGCAUUUGCUGGCAGGGUUGGGGGCCGGGUUCUUCGGCGUGUGUUGCGGAUCGCCGGCGGACGUGAUUAAGUCUCGAAUCAUGGGCGACUCAAAGGGGGUGUACAAGGGCCCCAUUGAUUGCUUUAUCAAGACGCUGAAGAACGAGGGGCCCAUGGCUUUUUAUAAGGGGUUCGUUCCGAAUUUCGGCCGGCUGGGGUCGUGGAACGUCGUCAUGUUCCUCACGCUCGAGCAGGCGCGAAAACUCUUUCUUAAACCUGCGCAGGAUUGACGAGUCGUGAUUGGUGGUGUUUUCUGCAUAUGAUUGGUCCGUCGAUUGAUUAAUUAGUUGAUUGAUUCGAGUCAUUGAUUGGUUGCUCGAUCGAUCGAUUGAUCGAUUGACUGAUCGAUUGAUUGAUUGAUUGAUUGAUUGAUUGAUUGGUUGAUUGGUGAUUAUAAAACCGUAUUUACUGGAGUUGGUGCUUAUGGUUUGAAUCGAAUGGGAUGGGGUUGACUUGCGUGUGUGUGAAGGUCGCGGCAAUCAAAUCAAUCCAAGUACUAAUCAGAAUUUCCCAAUGCUGCACAGUACUCUACAGUAAAUCAAGACCUGCCAG